AAAGUCACCCAAUAUUCCCGGCCUUUGCUUCAUUAUCGUCUUCCUCGGUAAACCCUAGUCUCGCAGGGAGAAAAGGAAAUCCUGUGCGAAUCAGACCUCAACGUCUUUAUAGAUAAACCCUUGUCUCGGAGAAAGCAAAAACAGGAGCCUCUCUGCGAAUCAGACGUCAACAAUGGCGACUUCAUACGACUACGAAGAUGGCAGCUACUCGACCAAACAGCAGCACUCGGACUCUUCACUCGAGUCGUAUGACCCGAACUACGUCCCAGACCCGGUGAAGUCGUUCGUCGGCCAUCUUUACAGGCACAUUAGGGAGAAGAAUGUGUACGAGAUCCACCAGAUGUACGAGACUUCGUUCCAGAGCCUCAGCGAGCGCAUGUUCAAGGACACUCCCUGGCCUUCUGUUGACGCAGUCGCACCUUACGUCGACAACGACCAUGUCUUCUGCUUGCUUUACCGGGAGAUGUGGUUUCGCCACCUCUAUGCUCGCCUCUCCCCGACUCUCAAGCAGCGUAUUGAUUCGUGGGACAAUUACUGCAACUUAUUCCAGGUGGUUCUACAUGGGGUGGUAAACAUGCAAUUGCCAAACCAGUGGUUGUGGGAUAUGAUUGACGAAUUUGUUUACCAAUUUCAGUCAUUCUGCCAAUACCGUGCCAAGAUGAAGAACAAGACUGAACAGGAGAUUACAUUGCUGAAGCAGUUUAAUCAGGCAUGGAAUGUGUAUGGUGUUCUCAACUAUUUGCAAGCACUUGUUGAGAAAUCUCAGAUUAUCCAAAUCUUGGGAGAAGGAGAAAGAGGGCCUUGAGGAAUUCACUUCUACUGAUGGAUAUGAUUACAGUGGUGGAAGUAACGUCUUGAAAGUUUUGGGCUAUUUCAGUAUGAUUGGCUUGCUUAGGGUUCAUUGUUUGUUGGGUGAUUAUCAUACUGGCCUCAAGUGCU